UCAGGUGUUUGCGUUUCGCAGUGAGUGUUAGCAUGCAGGUCUGAUAAAUUUGCAAUUGUUUAUUUAUUUCGCCAAACAAAUGCUUGCAACAUGGUAAAUGUUAUGAAAGGAGUGCUGGUGGAGUGUGAUCCUGCUAUGAAACAAUUCCUGCUCCAUUUGGAUGAAAAGCUAGCUCUGGGUCGCAAAUUCAUCAUCCAGGAUCUGGACGAGAAUCAUUUGUUUAUCUCCACGGACAUUGUGGAAGUGCUUCAGGCGCGAGUCGAUGAUUUAAUGGAUCGGAUUAGCUUUCCGCUGCACGACAAGGACGCUUAAACAACUGCCUAAUCAAACAAACUUACCCGCAACAACUAAAAACCAAAACAACCAUGACGGGUCGCGAAUCAAAUCGCAUUAAGGACGCUGAAAAAAAGCGUGUUCUCGAUGUGACCGCCCGCCAG